GCAAGAGAAAGCGGGACAAGACGCAGGCAGGGAUACUUUCACCCCACGACUCCCCAAGCGCGCUAAAAGCCCCCUGUGUCGGAGUGGCUGGGCCGCGGGCCCUGGUGGAGCCGUCACCAUUGCGUCCAACGAGUGGAGUUCCAACGGCAGCCCGGAGAGGCUGGACGAUGCCGCCGACGAGCUUGAGAAGGCCAUGGAUGGCGACGCCGAGGGCGUCUGGGCGCCUGACAUCGAGCAGAGCUUCCAGGAGGCGCUUGCCAUCUACCCGCCCUGCGGACGGCGCAAGAUCAUCCUGUCCGAUGAGGGCAAGAUGUAUGGUCGUAACGAGUUGAUCGCCAGGUACAUUAAGCUGAGGACAGGAAAGACUCGGACAAGGAAACAGGUAUCUAGUCACAUACAGGUGCUAGCGCGGAAGAAAGUUCGGGAGUACCAGGCUGGCAUCAAGGUUUCUAGCCAUUUGCAGGUUCUCGCCCGGAGAAAGUCUCGCGAGAUACAGUCAAAGCUGAAGGCCAUGAACCUGGACCAGGCUUCGAAAGACAAGGCUCUCCAGAACAUGGCUGCAUUAUCCUCAGCCCAGAUCGUGUCUCCAAACCUGAUCAAGAGCCAGUUGCCACCCUUACCCCAGCCCCCCUACCCGCCCCCAGCCAGGUUUUGGCCAACGUCCAUCCCUGGGCAACCUGGACCUUCUUCUCAGGACAUCAAGCCUUUUGCCCCAUCCUACACCAGCCUCCCAGCACCCGUUCCAUCCUCCAUACCCUCGUAUGAGCCCUUGGUGCCCCCCGGGCCCCCUGCGGCCACAGCUGUGCCCGUGUGGCAGGACCGCACCAUCGCCUCGUCCAAACUACGCAUGCUGGAGUACUCCGCCUUUAUGGAGGUGCAGCGAGACCCGGACACUUAUAGCAAACACUUGUUUGUCCACAUCGGUCAGACAAACCCAUCCUACAGCGACCCUCUCCUGGAAGCGGUGGACAUCAGGCAAAUCUACGACAAGUUUCCUGAGAAGAAGGGAGGGCUGAAGGAGCUCUACGAGAAGGGCCCGCAGAAUGCCUUCUUCCUUGUCAAGUUCUGGGCUGACCUGAAUAGCAGUGGGAUGCCCGAUGGGCCUGGCUCCUUCUACGGCGUCAGUAGCCAGUACAGCAGCCCGGAGAACAUGACCAUCACCGUCUCCACCAAAGUCUGCUCCUUCGGAAAGCAAGUGGUGGAGAAAGUCGAGACGGAGUAUGCAAGGAUGGAGGGAGGGAGGUAUGUGUAUAGGAUCCACCGUUCGCCAAUGUGUGAAUACAUGAUCAACUUCAUCCACAAGCUCAAACACCUGCCCGAGAAAUACAUGAUGAACAGCGUGUUAGAAAACUUCACUAUUUUACAGGUUGUGACGAACCGAGAGACUCAAGAGACAUUGCUGUGUAUAGCGUUUGUAUUUGAGGUCUCAACAAGUGAACACGGAGCUCAGUAUCACGUCUAUCGCCUCAUCAAGGACUGAGUCCUCACAGACAGUGGGCUGGGGAUGAACUUUAGUGACCAUCCAAGUGAUGCCACCAAACAAAAGACUGCACAACAUCAAACACAAACCAAAGUCAAACAGUUGGUACAAAUGACAAGGCAUAUAUAUUUUUUCUUUCAAUCUCCUCAAAGAACAUUGUACAAUAGGAUAACAUGGAUGACGCUUCAAGUCAAGAGGAAAGGAUUUAAGCCUAAGUUUAGGCUUUCAUUUUUUUGUUUUUAACAACACAUGUAUUUAAAUGCUUAAAAGACAAAAGGGGUGAAGUUGGUUUUGUUUCUUAUCAAUACAGAUAUUUUGUUUUGAUUUCUGAGGGUACUGAAAGUGCGAGUUUCAUGAUGGUUAAGAAUGUUCAUUAUUUCUCUACAAAGGCAAGAAUUUCUCUCCCUCAUAAGCAACACGUGCUGUAGAGCUUGAAGCAUGCAGAUCAUGGGCUAGGGGAUAACUAAAGGUUUACACACAGUUUAGUAUUUAAAAUAUAGUGAUAAUCAAAAUGGCAUAUGUUUUUUUUUUGUUCUUUUUUGAGUAAUAAUGUAAACAGACAGAAGCCUCUGUCCAGUGAUGACUUUCGCUGAGUCGUCGUUCUGAAGUGCCUUUCGACUUCGCUGAGUCGCCGUUCUGAAGUGCCUUUCGACUACCUCACUUCAUAUGCACGGGUGGAGAGAGAGAGGACUGAGGGGUCACACACUACACCCCUUUUAGGCAUCUGAACACUCAACACUACAGCCGCAUCUGGACACAGCAAAGUGCCUCAGCAUCCUCGACCCCUACUCAAGGACACGUCUUCACUAUCACAGGCACAUAUGCAUCACUGAGAGGUCAAACAAGAUGAUGGGAAACAGAUGUGAUGCAAGGGACCUGGUAUCUAUUUUAACCUUGAAAUGAAGCAAUACUAGAUUCAACCAUCCGCAGGGCCUGUAUUCAAACAUCAACUAAUCAUUUGUUGGUGCUCUGACGUCUGUUACACGUUAUCCUUUUCAUAGUUGCCUUUCUUCUGCUCAGUCUGACUUUUGCUUGGACGUCAGUCUGACUUUUGCUUGAACAUCAGGGCCUAUGACGCCUGUCUGAUCCCAAAACAAAAGCACUAGGGCCUCAGCCUUUCUCACAGACUGACAAACCAGAUGAAUUAGGCUGCACCCUGUGAAUUAGUGACUGUGUGGACUGAGCAUUGUGCUUGCAAGAAUGUGUACAGUGUCAGGCUUAGCAAACAUAUCCUUUCUUUUGUCUAGAGUGGAAAAGACACUGUUUAACUGAGUGGGUGUGUGUGAGAGUAACAAAACUUGAGUUGAUGAAAGCCAUGAGAUUUUGAAAGCUGAGAAAGAGAGCCAAGCUGAACUGGACAUAAACAAAGUCAUCAGUAUCUGAGUAAGAGAGGAAACCUUUAAAACCGUGACCUUCUGGCCCUUAAAAAUCACCACUCAGUCCAAUAUGUGAACAAGCGUGUUAUAAAGAUGGCACGUUUUUUAAUUAAAAUUCUUUUAAUUUUUUUAGUUUUAUUUGAUUUCAUAAGCCCACUCCAUUCUUCCCUCCUUCCAUGGACACACCACAAGUAUCCGGAAUGGUACUUCUCUACUUUUUGGAAUUUUUAUGGAAUUUUUGCUAUUUGUGGUGUGUGCGUAAAUUUGGUCGUAUGUCGAGGAUAAUUUUGUUGUUGGAUGUGUAUGUUUAAAUAAGUCUUUUGUUCUGUGUUGAGUACUUAAAAAUGGCAAGGAUAACUGACGACUCCAACUCUCAGGGCAUCCCCUUUUAGAGAGGAAUAAUAUUAAUACAAAAAUGAUAAUAUUUUAUAAAUAAUAAUUAAGAAUGCGCUCUGCAGGAUACUGACACAUGUUCUCCAGCCUUAAGAGGUUGUUUGACUUGAACCUGAAGUGGCCCUUAUGGAACCAAGCACCAAUCACUGAGAGUGACAGUCAUGCCGUGUUAAUGAGAGGGAGUGAAUCACUGGUUUUGUUGGAAGUAUAAGUUGGCAAAUGGUUAGAUUAGACUAUGGUGGAGAGAGCCAAACCACUGUGAAUUUUAUUGAAUGUACUUGGACAUGUUAGUCAAGGUGAUGGUGUAUUACAUCUGACAAUCUGCAGACUAUAUGUGUGUACAUUGAAUUGGCCUAACAAUGUCUAAUAUUCAUUUUUUUGUUAAUGUCACAAAUAAUGUUUUGACACUGGUUUUGGGCCUAUCGUAAAAAGUAUUUCACCAAGAUGUUUGUACAGUUUGUCAGUGUUUAUUGAGGAGUGGAAUAACUGAAAUUCCUUUGGAGUGAUAUCAAGCAACAGAAGAGCUUUUCUACCAAAGUUAAUAUGUGAUGUAUCUAGAACAAACAACCAAAGGCUUAAAAAUAACGUGUUGUAAACACAAACAACAAAACAGAAAUCUCUGCACUGUUUUCACUAUUCUUCUCAUGAGACUAUGCCAAAGCGUAUGCACCAGAGCUUUUGAAACAGUAGGGCAGAUGUUUGUGGAAAAACAUCCAGCCACUAUUCUGGCAUCCAACACAGAUGUACAGCAACAGAAAUUAAUGGUAACAUAAACGUAUUGUAGCAAGCCGUGUGGCAUGGACUUCAACUCCAGGUGAAUAGACAUAUGACUUCACCCGUCUCAGCACCAUUUUGAUAAAACUCAGAACUCAGAAAAGCUUUAAAUGACUGCUGCCUUGUGUAGCUAUUUUUACUGGCUCUUGUUUUUUGUAUUAUUAUUGUUAUUAUUAUUAAUAUUAUUAUUAUUAUAUAUUUGUGCUUGUUCCUUGACUUUCGAUGGAUGCUGUUUGCUUCCUUUGAAAACUGUGUUUAUUUUUUAAAUAUGUUGUAUCUAAAUGGUGUGGGUGUUUUUUUGUUUAUUUGUUUGUAUUGGUUUGUUUGUCUUUUUUUCAGAUUUUGGUUCCUUGUGGCCUUGGUUACCAACUGUGCAUUGUGAUCUUGUAUAUUCUGUUACAUUCAAAGUGAGGGGUGUGUAUAAUAUAAUCGUAAUGACAUGUAUAAUCUUUCAAUAAAAGGUUCAUGGUUCAUCAUGGGCCAUUUCUCUUCAGAGAA